AUGGCUUCUCUCAGAUUUGUUCGCUCUGUGUGGGAGUCUUUCCGAGCUACCUCGGGUCUUGAGCCUCGGCUCUUGAAUAAUCUCCGUGUUACAGCCGCCAGGCCCGGCCUGGUCAACUUCGAGCUGGACAUUCAGAAAGAGCACACGAACCGUCUGAACAUCCUCCAUGGAGGCACCAUUGCCAGCAUGGUCGAUCUAGGUGGCUCUCUAGCCGUGGCAUCCCGUGGCCUUUUCUCAACUGGAGUAUCAACCGACUUGAACGUCACAUACCUGAACUCCGGCGGUAAAGUCGGAGACCGAAUCCUGGCCGUGAAAUGUGACAAAUUUGGCAAGACGUUGGCCUUUACUUCGAUCGAGUUCACCAAUCCCAAUGGACAUGUUGUCGCUCGCGGAAGCCACACCAAAUAUGUGACUCUGGCCUGGAAGGAUCCUCAGAAUAUUGUUGAAGAGAUGAAUAAGAGCAAGGACUAG